CAGAGCCAACAAUCAGGAUAUCUGCUUGCGUCAUUUUUGACGUUUUUGGGCCGCAUUUUCAAGACUUCUCAAUAUGGGAUUUUCCAAGAUUUUAUAUGCUGGACUUUGUGUGGCGCUUGCUUUUUUUUCAUCCAUCGUUCACUGUACAACUACGAGGUAUUUUACCUAUGAAGAGGAUGCACCUGGGACCGAGAUAGGCAAUUUGUCUGAAGAUUUAAAGAUUGAUCCGGCUGACGACCCGGACACAUCAUUCCGCUUCAUGCAAGAAAGUAACUCUUCCUUAAUUCACAUGAGGGAGAUUGACGGACUUCUGAGUGUUGCCUCGGAGAUUGAUCGAGAGCAACUCUGCCCCAGGUCGCCGCGUUGUUUCAUUGCAUUUGACAUCGUGGCCCACUCCAGGGAGAAGUUUCAACUUAUCCACGUGGAGAUCGAGGUGAAAGACAUCAACGACCACUCUCCUCGCUUUAUGCGCAACGAGACAAAUAUCGAGAUAGUGGAAAACGUGCCCCUGGAGUCAAGAUUUCCUCUUCAGAUUGCCCUCGACCAAGAUGUGGGUGAAAACUACAUUCAGAGCUACAACAUUUCCCCCUCCAGUCACUUCACCGUUGAGGUGCGCGACGGGGAGGAUGGGGUGAAGUUUGCGGAGCUGGUGCUGGUGAAGGAGCUGGACAGGGAGGUGGAGGACUCCUACACUAUUGAAGUCACAGCUUCUGACGGAGGGGUGCCUGCGAAGACCGGGUCAAUGACCGUAAACAUCCGCGUGCUGGACUUUAACGACAACAGCCCGAUAUUCGAGCACAGCUCUCUGAAAGUUGAGCUGUACGAGGACUCUCCGGUGGGACACCGGGUGGUCAAAGUGCACGCGUUUGACCCCGACGACGGGAUUAACGGCGAGGUGGUGUACGCCUUUGCUGACGGCUUGUCGUUUGAAGCCGCGCGCAUUUUCCACGUCGACGCUUAUUCCGGCGACGUGACGCUCAAGGCGCUCGUCGAUUUUGAGAAGAAGAGGUCCUACGAGCUGAACAUCAGAGCGUCAGACUUGGGUGAGAACUCCGUCCCGUCCUCCUGCAAAGUUGUGAUAGACAUCGUUGACGUGAACGACAACGCGCCCGAAAUCACCAUCAAGCCCAUGACGUCCAGCAGCGAUGGGGUCGCCUUCAUCACGGAAGCCGCGGCCGCGGAGAGCUUCGUGGCUCUGAUCAGCACCUCGGACAGAGACUCUGGCUCCAACGGGUACGUGCGCGUCAGCCUGCUCGGGCACGAGCAUUUCACCCUCCAGCAGGCGUACGGGGACACUUUCAUGAUUGUUACCACCGCGACUUUAGACAGAGAGAAGAUCCAUGAGUAUAACCUGACUGUGCUGGCAGAGGACCUGGGAAACCCACCUUUUAAAACUGUCAGGCACUAUACCAUAAGCGUUACAGAUGAGAAUGACAACCCCCCUCUGUUCAGCAAGUCCCUGUAUGAAGUUUCUGUCCUUGAGAAUAACAUUCCAGGUUCAUAUGUGACCACAGUUGUCGCUCGAGAUCCCGACAUGGGAAAGAAUGCCAAAGUUUCCUACAAACUCAUAGAUUCUGAGGUCCCAGGAGGAUCCCCAUUGUCAACUUAUUUUUCAGUAGAUUCACUCUCAGGGUCUCUGUACACUUUAAGGUCUUUUGAUUAUGAGACUCUUCAGCAGAUUGAACUGAUCAUCCAAGCAGAUGACAACGGCUCCCCUUCUCUUUCGAGCACAUCCACAAUCAGGAUUAGAGUUGUGGAUCAGAAUGACAACUAUCCAUACUUUACCUUCCCUGUGUUCGUCAAUCACUCUGCUGAUGUUCCUUUGCCUUACAAUUCCCCCUCUGGCUAUCUUGCCCUCCAAGUGUCAGCUGAAGAUCAGGAUGAGGGAGUGAAUGGUGAACUCUGCUACCAAAUUGUACAAGGUGACCCAAAGCUGUUUACAAUGAGCAGAGACACUGGAGAAAUUGCUUUAAAACAAUGGCUGACAGCUGAAAUUGGGGAUGUGCUGGAAAUGAAAAUAGCAGUGAGCGACAAUGGCAGGUCCCCGCUUUCCAGCACUGCCACUAUUAGGUUUGUUGUUUCUGACACAGAGCCUUCUGAAGACCAAGUCGUCAUUGUGCUGCGGUCAAGUGAUGAGGAGGGCUCCAGCUUUGAUGGCUCACUAAUUAUCAUUAUUAUGCUCAGUGGGGGCUGUGCAUUGUUGUUAAUUGCAAUAGUAGUUGUGGCUGUCACAUGCAAAGCCAGCCGUGGGGGGAGAAGCCGUGGCAGCAAGAGAGAAGUGUGCCAGGGCCUGUUUGAUGGCCGGCCCCUGCCCAUGCUCAGUUCAGCAGAACCAAACAUUUACACGGGCCAGCGAGGAUUCUUCCACGACAGGACGUCUUUGUCACUGGAUGAGUCCUGCCUGUACGAGGAGAGGAGCGGGGACUCGGAGACAAAGAUCUUCUUGCCCUCCAAGCAUUUUCAACCGACGUCGGUUUGGCAAGGCGACAGGUUCUGCCUUCAAGUGAGUGGCAUGGGCAACAACGACCAGCUGAGCGUGAAGGACAGCGGAAAAGGGGACAGUGACUUCAAUGACAGUGACUCUGAUAUCAGUGGCGACGGAGGAAAGAAGAACUUUAGUACCUUUCAGCCCAGGCUUAAAAUUUCAGGUUCUGCAAAUGGCUUAUCCGGGGAUUCCCAGGGCACUUAUUGUGCGAUACCAGCGCAGACCUUCAGAGCCUCCAGAGACAAUGCAUACACAAUGGGCUUCUCCCCCAUGCACGUCUUCAGCAAUCCCAAUGGAAAUAGGAAGGACUGUGGGUACAGCACAAAUUGGCCCAAAACGCGAAGCAACAUGCAGACUUUCUCCAGAUGUGGGACUCUUCCUUCCUACUUCCCUCAGCAGCAGCUUGAGGACAGCGCUGGGGGUGCGUCAGUCCACAAGCAGGGUCCAAAUAUUGUCACUAUGGCUACUGAAUUAGAAGUGGCAACUAUCUUUUGAGAAACCUGUUGAUUAAGUUGUUUGAGAUGUACCCAUGAGAUGUAAUUAUUUAGAACUUCCCAUUUUAUAGUUACCAGAACAGGUGUAUAUAUUUGUUUAUGUACAGAAUUAUUAUAAUUGAUUGAUCAUUCAGGGUGUUUUGUUUGAAAUUAAACUCAUCAUGUUAUAUGACACUACUGACUUGCCUGUCUUUUUCUAGUCAAAGCCUGAUGAAAA